AAUGCAAUGUAUUUAUAACAAGUGUUGACAUCUAUUGUAUGAUUGAAUGUAUUAUUGUUUGCAAUAUAAUAUCAAAGCAAUUGAUGUAUUGAUUGAAUCGCCGAUUGUUUUGUUGUGUCAUUUGUUUACUUCGGUGACAGUCGUGGCCAGUGUUGGACACAAUAAGACAUACAAUGGACACAACAACUCAAGACUUGGAACUACUAUUUUUUGAUACCUUCGCUCAAACCGAUGUUCACGAGGGUCCACAAUUAGGUUUAGUACAGUUUCCCAAUCCUAUUAUCAUUAAAGAGAUACGAGUAAUACCAUUGGGAUCUCGAGUUGAGGCCGACUUUGCCGGCGGUUUCCGAUUAGGUGCCACAAAUCCAUCGGCAUUUGAAUUGGAGUUUUUCAUCAAUGAUUUGACCAAAAGAAAUGCCUGUACUUUCUUAGACAUCGGAAGUUUACAUUACAAGCAAAAUGUGAAUAUAGUGUUUGUGCCAAACGAGAUGAUUCCUACCGACGGACUAAUAUUACGGGGAAUGUAUAGCACACUAACUCUGGCCAUCUUUGGUUGUAUUGCUGACAUUUCCCGUAUUAUAGCUGACGAUGAAAUACAUUCAUCAAAUGCCGUCUCCAGUGAACAAAUAAUUGACAAAGAGAUGAACUUUACUGAAGAAGCAAUAAAUGAUAAUAAAACUGAUUAUUCAAUUAUUAAUGAAUUGAAUGUUUGUGAACGAAUGGAUGAGAUAAAAGUUAGUCAAAUAUUGCAAACACUGUCCGAAAAUUCACCGAAAUCACCGAAAAUGAAACUCUCGCCACAAAAUGAAACACUUUUGACGGUCAUGAAGACAGAAAAUCGGGAAACUAUUGUUUCUUUACAAUGUAAUGACAACAAUGACAGGAAAAAGAAAGAAAUGUCUUCUCAUAGAAGUCAUCAGAGGUCUCGAGAUAUGGAACGAACGCAUUCCCGUCGCUCUCCUUUAUUAGUGAAACAAAGAAAGAGUAAAAGCAGAUCUAGAAGUAAAUCAAAAAGUCGAAGUACAACUCCAACUUCAUUAAAAAGACAUAGAAAUAGUCAUCGAAGUUCACCAUAUUAUAGAUCAGAUCGAUCUCCUAAAAGACAUCGAUCUUCUCCACGAAAAGAUAUAUCACGAUCUGCAUCACCACAUUCUCCUUUACAUUCAUAUAGUGUUAACUUAACAUCACCGCCAUCUCGUCCAUACUCUCGAUCUCGUAACAGGUCUCCUAUGAAAUCUCCUCUUUUUCUAACAUAUGGUUUGGAUGAACCAAAAGUUACUAACGAAGAAAUUUGUAAAUCUGAAAAUAAAUUAAAAGAAGAAACUGGAAAUUUAGAUGAUUCUGAGUUAUUUGAUCCACUUUCUCCUGAUAACUCAUUAUCAGACAUUGCAGAGAAGAUAUCAGACGAUGAAAAUUUGGAACAAAUUAUUUCUGACGAUUCUAAGUCGGAUCAAUCUAAAGACGGAUUAGAAGUAAUUAGCAGUGAAGAGGAAUAUGAAGACGACUGCAAUAUUGAUAACGAGUUAUUAAUUGAUUACACGGAAUAUGAUAUCAAUUCGUACGCAGAUUUCGGAACAUUUAAUCCGUUUCAAUGCGAGUUUACUUCGUUGCAGUCGUUAAAAGACCCGUCACUUACAGGCUAUGAGUUGUCUGAAAUUGACGACUCUUUUGAGUGGUCCAAUGAAUCAAGACUUUGCCAUUUAUUAAACAGUUUUGGUGAACAUCGAAAUGAUAAAUGGGUUGAAAUUGUUGAACAGUUAUCUCUUGAUGUAAAUAAGUGUUUAAUAAGAGAUGAUUCACUAAUUAAGACAUUAAUUAACUUUAUUGCCGAUGGAAUUAAUUUUGAGUUAGCGAUGAAACAGACAAAUACUGCAUACAAAGUGAGACAUUUGAAGGCUGGCAUCAAAUUAUUGACAUCACUGUCACAGACAUCAGAAGAGCUAAUUAAGAGAAUACUUGAUCUUAAUGUCAUUCAUUCAUUACUUGAAUUGUAUAACAAGCCAUAUAUGACAAUUCCAGUCCGACUACUUAUUCUUCGUGCAAUUGAUGUCAUAUGCGAUUGGCCCGUCGGUGUCCAACAUGUAAUCAAUAAUAUAUAUACUACCAGUGAUGAUAAAAGUCAACAAUCAAAGCAAACUUGUUAUCAAAGAUUACUGGAACUACUUUUAGAAAAGCCAUCGACAAGAAUAGUUGUUUCAUUGACGUGUUUAUUGAGAAAAAUUCAUUUAUUUGAAGUUUUAAUAUUCUUGUCUAAAUCAUGCUAUCAAUCGAUACGAUACGACACAACAGUUAAUGACGAUUCAUUAUCAAUGAGUUUAAAUGAAAUUUUGUUGAUUUAUAAAAAUGCAAACUCUUUACUGAGUCAACCAUUUCGUUCAUUGCCGACCACCAGACAGUUUGAACUGAAGAGUUCAUCAAUUGAUUCAUAUAAAUCAAUGUAUAAGUACUUUAAACACAACAAUUUCAUUGAUUGUCUGAUAAAUAUAUUAUCGGAAAAGACAUGCAAUACCGAUGCUUUUGAUUGUGCAAUCGAUUUACUGAACACUAUAUCCAAUAUGAAUCAUGGAUUAAGAUUUUUGUUGAGUUAUGAUAUGAUAAACUCGACAAACAAUCUGCAAAAAGUUGUAACCCAACAGUGCGAUGAAGCGGAAACACCACUGCAAACCAUUGGAUUGAAAUUGAUUUAUAGAUUACAAGUUUUGCAAUUAAUUGACUCAAUAUUUUCAUUUCAUGCAUCACAUGAAAGAAGUAAAACAGUGACUAUUAAAGAAAAUUUUGACGACACAGAACUCGUGACAACUCUUACCAGUCUUUACACAAUGAUGUUCACAGGUAUAGGCAAAGAUGCGAUCGUUCACGUCAUGUCCAGUGAAAACAAUUUUGAUUCAAUUUUACCAUUUAUUACUCUUACUGGAGAUCAAAGUAAAGAGUUGUUGAUAUCUAAACUGGUUUCAUGUGGAUGUGCUCUCGAUCUUUGUUUAGUUACACUCGAACUUAUUGAUACAAAUUUGAUGAGCUUUUUGGACACUUACGGACACAAUCUAUUGAAAGUUUGUGAGAACGAGUCAAUUCCCAAACUCAAGACUAUCUCAAACUGGUUGAGUCCUAUCAAGAAUGUGUCGUACAAUACAUAUACUGAAAAUACUUUCAAGAGUUUAAUGUCAGUCAUAAAGAAAAGCUAUGAAACUAUUUGUGAAUCAAAUGAUUUGACAGUAUUUACAAUAAGUCCAGAGUUGAUAACAAGUUUAAAAAUUCUUCAUAAUCUUUGUUCGCCAUCAGAACAGACAUUAUCAGAAACAGAGGUCCAACUAAAACACAAAUAUGCAGUCAUUCAGAUCUUUUCAAUGGAUGGCUUAUCACAAAUAUUAUCACUUUUGAACAAAUUAAGUGAAGUCUAUUUAAAGUCUUCGCAUCAAAGUUUUGCACUCAUAGGACACGAGGGCUCACUUGUUGUUCAUUUCAUUAAACCAGCCGUACUUAUAAUCAAAGCAAUAGUGCAAUAUUUGGUGACUUCGCGAGGCAUUGAAUUUAGAGACAUCACAGCCGUUCCGAUACUUAUUCGUAUAUAUUCAGUGUUGGCAUUAGUUCCCUCUUCGGCUUCAAUACAGUUCAUGAUUUCAUCGACUGCUCAACAAAUUCAGUACGAAAUCAGUGAAAUCUUAUUAAUUUAUACAGAAUUGUAUAUCAAUAUCAAUGAAUCAGAUGAAGCUAUAACUAAGAGUAUUUGGACAAAAAUGGUUAAAUAUAUCAUUGAUUAUACAUUAUCAUCACCACUUGCUUUAACUCAUGGACUCACAUUGUUAUCUGAUGUAUUGCCACAACCGUUACCAUUAUUAGUAAAGCAACCGAUGCUUAACAACGAAGUUAACAAAACUGUCAACUUUAGAAAGCUGUGGUCAUUACACAUCCAUGUGCUUAAUGAAAGCAUUGAGCAACUGAUCUCAGCUUAUUUAUCAAGUAAUUUGCAAUCAAUUCAAAUGCUUUUGAAACGUGUCUGUACCCAACUGUGCGACUUAUCGGUGCCAACCGCUACUAUUGUCACUAAAGCAGUUUAUCAAUCAUUAGUUAGUAGUAUUGAAACAUUUAAUAACAUAACCAAUGAGUCCGGGAAUGUAACCAUUUGUCCGACUGUUCGCAUAUUGAAUAUAAUCUAUGAUUUGAUGGCUUUUAUUCCAUUCCGUUUGGGAUUGAGUUGUAAUUUAUCAAAUUGUAUUCAAAAAGAUGAUAAAAAUGCUUUUAUCUUAACACGACUUCAAUCACAUCUACAAAAAUCAUCACAAAUUAGUUCAAAUGAAUUUAUAAAUUUGAUAUUACAAACGCCCAAUGAAUCGGAUCCUGUAAUUUCUGAGAUAUUAAAUUCUAAUAUAACUGAUAUCAACAAAUCUGAUGGCAAUAUUACAGAGACGAGUGCUUUAAAUGUUGAAUCUCUAAGCAAUUAUUUUGCGAACAGACGUGUCUUUGUAUUAGAAGGCGAUCCAAAUCUUCCGGAAUGGCUUUCUAUUGAGAAUGAAGACUCGGAACAAAUAGAUAAUUCAGAUGCAAUUAAAGUCGAUUUGAUUGAAAUGUCGGCUAAAUAUUUUGGAAAUGAAUUUGACAUUCGGAUGAGUCUCGAGAAAUUAUGGUCUGAACCAAUAAAUGAUACACAAAGUAAAGAGAAUGAGACAAUUGAAAAGACAACACAACCAUUGAUCAGACAUAAAGAGAUGAUUGUUAUUAAUAAGCGAAUUCAAGCUCCAAGAGGUAGAGGACGAUCCUUCACUAGACUUAACGAUCCCUUCCGAUCGCGUCCACCCAAUACAUCCCGACCGCCAUCAAUGCAUGUCGACGACUUUGUUGCACUCGAACGCUAUGAUCCCAAUACCAAACGUAAAGACAUGGUUCGUCCCAAUAGAGGAGGAAUGGGUACUUCAGUUCGCAACUUCUCAACUAACCAGCGCUCAACCAAUGCUAACAAUUAUAGAAAUUCUCCAAUCAGUGCACGAAAUUUGACCGAUCGGUACAGUGGCUCUCGUGAUGUCUAUCCGUUGUCAUCGAAUCGUAAUAAACCAGAAUCUAAUAAUUCAAAUAACAGUGGUAUGCGAUGGACUAGAAUUAGUGGUAAUCGACAUGAUAUUCGUUAUCAACAAAACUCGCGAUCUUUUACGCGUUCAAACAAUUAAAUUUCGGUAUAUUUUAUCAAUCAAUCAAAUAAAUGUAAUAUAUUUAUACAUUAUAAUAAAC